AUGUCCAAUCCAGUUGAGGAAAUUGUUAGAGAAUCUACACUGGAGAAUAAACAAAAAGCCUUUAAUCACAAUGAUUCCUCCUCUUCAUCAUCAUCAUCAACAGAUGAUGAUUUUAGACGUCCAGUCCAUAAUAAGAAGAUUCACCUCUUCGAUCGUCACAAAACCAUCCACUCUACUUUAGGUGGUGGCAAAUUGGCUGAUAUUUUACUAUGGAGGAAGAAGAAGAUUUCAGGAGGAAUGCUUGCUGGUGCCACUGUCAUAUGGUUUCUCUUUGAAUGUACUGGUUAUCAUUUGCUCACUCUUAUUUGCCAUUCUCUCAUAGUCUCAUUGGCCAUCUUGUUCUUUUGGUCCAAUCUCUCCCUCUUUGUCAACAAGAGUUUUAUAGAAUUACCAAAGAUUGAAUUGCCAGAAGAGUUAUGGAUGCAAUUGGUCCUCUUACUGAGGGAUCAAUGCACCUGUGCAUCUGGUAUCUUUCGGGAAGUAGCAUCCGGAAAUGAUUUGAAGAAGUUCCUUUAUGCAAUUUUUGUCUUGUGGAUUGUUUCCAUUGUUGGCAGAUGGUUCAGUCUUCUGACCCUUGUAUACCUCAUACUUGUCAUGCUGUUGACAGUACCCUUUCUCUAUGAGAAGUAUGAAGAUCAAGUAGAUGCCUAUGGAAAACUGGCUAUAAAAGAACUCAGGAAACAGUAUAGCCAAGUGGAUGAGAAGGUUCUUCAAAAACUACCAAUUCCUUUCAUAAAAGACAGUAAGCAGGAAUGA